ACAACCCUCCACGUGGACAUUCAGCGUAGCUUCGAGUCCCCGUAUAAACUCCGCAACACCAACGAUCCGCUUCACUUGUAAGUACUACAUAGAUCGGCAGUUAAAAAGAAGCAACUGAAAAUCUCUCUCUCUCUCUCUUCGAUCUCCCAUUUUCUCAUCGCCGGAGGAAAUCCACGCGGCUCCAUCGGAUCCGGUGAUUCCCAAUGGAGUCUCACGGCGCCGGACUCCGCCGUGUUCUGGUGCUCGCCUUUUGCGUGGCCGGUAUCUGGGCGGCGUAUAUUUACCAAGGAGUCCUGCAAGAGACCGUGUCCACCAAGAAAUUUGGGCCAGACAAGCAGAGGUUCGAACACCUAGCAUUUCUGAAUCUGGCGCAAAGUGUGGUUUGUUUAAUGUGGUCAUUUAUUAUGAUAAAGCUUUGGUCCAGUAGUAGUAAUGGCGGUGCCCCAUGGUGGAGUUACUGGAGUGCUGGCAUUACAAAUACAAUCGGCCCGGCUAUGGGGAUUGAAGCAUUGAAGUACAUCAGUUACCCUGCCCAGGUCCUUGCAAAAUCUUCAAAAAUGAUACCAGUGAUGCUUAUGGGUGCAUUAGUCUACGGUAUCAGAUACACUAUACCUGAGUAUGUCUGCUCUCUUCUUGUUGCUGGUGGUGUCUCUGUAUUUGCACUUUCAAAGACUAGCUCGAGGAUCAUUAGCAAGCUUGCGCACCCGAAUGCUCCACUUGGAUAUGGGCUUUGUUUCCUUAAUCUUGCUUUUGAUGGAUUUACAAACGCUACUCAGGAUUCAAUUACAGCAAGGUACCCAAAGACGAGUGCUUGGGAGAUAAUGCUGGGUAUGAACCUUUGGGGCACAAUUUACAAUAUGGUAUUCAUGUUUGGAUGGCCGGGUGCUAGUGGAUAUUCGGCGGUUCAAUUCUGCAAGCAGCACCCUGAGGCAGCGUGGGACAUUUUCCUCUACUGUUUAUGCGGCGCAGUUGGCCAAAAUUUCAUUUUCCUAACCAUAAGUCGAUUUGGUUCCCUGACUAACACCACAAUCACCACGACGCGCAAGUUUGUUAGCAUAGUGGUGUCUUCAUUACUGAGUGGAAACCCCUUAUCUACAAAGCAAUGGGGGAGCGUUUUCAUGGUCUUUUCGGGGUUGUCGUACCAGAUUUACCUCAAGUGGAAGAAAUUGCAGAGGUUUCAGAAGAAGAGGAAGUCUAUGUGAAAGACUGAUAGCUGAGGAGGUAUAAACAUAGUAUUUACUUUUUUUCCCCUUUAUAUGUUAUAGUAUUGGUGUAACCGUAAGGUUCAAAAUAACAUUUGGAUGUACCCUAUUGUAAUCUCAUGACAAAAAUGGUGUAACCUAAAAAUCUUUUCUAAUUUUGGGAAAUUUUGUUAGCAACCUUUAA